UUACUUCGUCUUGUUUUGGUUAUGGAAGAGAGGAGUGUCCUGACCGGAGAAGUGGAUUAAAAACCCGAAUUCCUCCUCUUUUCCCCUCAAAGGAAGCAAGAACGGUAAAGAAAAGGCCUUCAUAAUGACAAUUCUACCCAAGAAGAAGGCGCCGCAGGAGAAAAGGGGCCCCGAAUCGGGUGAAAAUCACCAACAUCACGGACACGGUCAUCACUCAUCAUCGCAUACUCAUCCGCACGGCGCCCACGGGCACAGCGGCAAUGUUGAGGGUAGGGGAGGCGCCCGGCCUAAGACCCGCAAUUCCCCUCCUCGUUGGUCGUCAUCUAACCCCUUAGACGACAGACUUUCGGGUGCUUCCCAUGACUGUAGGAACCCCUUUGAUGGGCAUGAACUUGGAGGCCAUGGAAGCAACAAACGAGCGAGGCAUAGAUCGUCGCCACACCGGCUUGAUCAUCAGGCUUCCGUAUCGUGGCUUCAACACCGGGGAGAUGUGGAGAACGAUAGAAGGGAGGGGGAGGAGCGAGUGGAGGAAAAUGAAGAGGGGGGUUGUAACAGUGGGGAUGAAUAUGAUACGCAGCCGUUUUACAAUGAAGAGAAUGAAAGAAUGUUUGAAAAGGCGCUUAAGGAGAAACGACACUUUAUCAUCAAACACAUGUCACCAGAUGGAGCGUGCCUCUUUAGGGCUGUCGCCGACCAAGUGUACGGUGACCAAGAAUGGCAUAACAUUGUGCGAGGUCAUUGCAUGGAUUACAUGAUGAAGAACGCAGAUUACUACUCCCAGUAUGUGACGGAGGAUUUUGCCACCUACGUCACCCGGAAACGCAUGGAUGAUUGCCAUGGCAACCACGUAGAGAUGCAAGCACUGUCGGAGAUGUACAACCGCAAUAUUGAGGUCUUUGUGUACAGUACUGAACCAAUUAACACCUUUCAUACGAUAAACAAGACGGAUAAUGAGCCAAUCAGAGUGAGUUAUCAUCGCAGCGUUCAUUAUAACUCUGUCGUCAACCCUCAUAAAGCCACCAUCGGUGUGGGUCUCGGGAUGCCAUCGUUUGUACCAGGGCUUGCUGAUAAGACUCUGGUCCGAGAGGCUCUGAGACAUUCAGAGAACACUGAGCUUGAGACGACCAUGCUGGAGGACAAACUACGAGCCACCGACUGGGAAGCAACGAACGAUGCAAUAGAGGAACAGAUCGCUAGAGAGUCUUACAUGCAAUGGCUACGUGAUAACGAAGAACGAGCUAGGAAAAAGAUUAUUCAACCAGCCUCGGCCACCUGUAGCUCCGCCCCUCCCGAUUCCCCCAACUGGUGGGAGGUUCCCAAAGUAGUUCCGACCAGCAGUAGUUCCUCCAUGGGUAGCCACCGAUCACACCACGGUGCCCCUCACCACGGUGCACCUCACCAUCACCAUAACCUCCCGAGCUCCGGGCCCAACAGCCCGGAUCGAUCCGAAGCUGGGUCGAGUCAUAAGAGCGUUCUUCUACCUACGAGUCCCCAGCCGGUUGGACAGGGGGCGUCUCUGAUAGAUUUCCAAGAUUCAGGAAAGCUGGGAUCGUCCAACCAGAGAUCUGUUUCUCCAUUAUCAGCUUCAGCUCGCAACACCCCAAGUCCCCAAGCUGGACCAUCAGGUAUCUCCGCCACCUCCAACAACGUACCCAUCUUGCAGGAUAUUCCUCCGACCGAAUAUGCUUUAUCCGAAUGGGGUACGGAAGAGGAGAUCUUAGCGUCAGUUCUUGCUCAAUCACAGCAGGAAUACCUGGACAAUUUAAAACACCAUCAUUCAGCGCACAACGCCGACAGCUAAUGGUCAACGGCCAUGUAUAUAAAACAACAAAUUUACUUAAUUAGUAGGAGCACUGCAUUGUAACUACGGUCUUUUUUCGCUGUAAAUUUGCAACAACAAAAAAUGUAUGGAUUGGGGGAUCAGACGUGAAAAGUACGUCAUGUAUGGAUGGUGUCUUGUUCAGGUGAAUAUUUAGGGUGGUCAGGGUUUUGGGUUUUGUUAAGGAAUUAUUUUGGGAUAAAAUAGAGAUGAGAAAGAUAUUACAUGUGUAGGAUUUGCUUGGUGACUUGUACUGAUGACUAGAGCAGGCUAGUCGAAGCAUUGAGACCAAUUAAGAUACUGAAGUGAAAUAACAAGAAGUCGCCUUGAUCAACUAAUACUAAUGUGGUAGUCCCGGCUGAUUUUUUAUCUUCCGCCCAGGUAGUAGUUAAAAAAGCAUGACAUUUACUGUUGGUGCGAGCUCAGAACACCGUCCGGAUGAUCGCCUGCAUUUCUUACUUUUCCGCCAAUAUUCCACUUCCCACAAACGCUGCGUGUUGAAGAUCUCACUUGAGAAGUUAUACAUCAUCAAUGUUAAUCUUCAACUCUUGUUCUCAAAUGUUCCCAAAACAAGUGGAAAUUACUUGAAAAAAACCAGGAUCCAAAUGAUUUGGCAAAAAAAUUCUGCGAAACGAAAAUAAGCAGGGAACCAACCAUAAGCAAUGUACCCAAUGUGCUAUAAAUACAGGACUGAUACUUCACGGAGGCACCAAAGGCGAUUGCCUCCAUGGCCUUUAGUCCUUGCCUUGGUGCCCUUGAAAUGCUC